UUCUUCUACAACUGCAGCCACCUCGGUAGCUCGCCAGAUAAUAAAGUCGGAACAUUCAAGUUCUUUGGGACAAUUUCGUGGUUUAUUUGCCACUAUGAUUUAAACAUACUUAUGUGGAAACAACUAGCUACCCCAUUUAAUGUAAUAUUCACGUUGUAAGUCAGUUAGCUGGCUGGUUAAGUUUGCACUAAUCUAGUCGCUAAUGCUAACUAGCAAUUAUCCCCGACCAUGAGUUCACUAAACUUCUCUCCUCCUUCUAAAGAAGAGGUCUGCUGGACGAAGAAAGAGGGUCUCGUCAAAGAGGAGGCGGAAGAGGAGGCUGUUACAAUACAAGAACAAGUAGAGGGCGAUGUUGUUACCGUGAAAGAAGAAGAGAAAGACGCCUUCAGAGUGAAAGAGGAGGAGGAUGUUACUGUGAAAGAAGAGGAGGCAGAUGCCGUUUUUGGAGUGAAGGAUGAAGUGAAAGAAGAUGAAGACGUUUUUGGAAUGAAGGAUGAAGAGGGGGAGAUUACUGUCACAUUAGAGGAGGACGAAGAAGAGAAGACUGGAGAUCUGAUUAACACCAGUAAAUACAUGACACUGACUCCGAAUGGGAGCCCCCAGUGCCAAGGUGUCCAUCCCCCACUGAAGCUGGUUCAUCCAGCUCCUGCCACAAGUGGUGUUCAUCUGCCCAAAUUUAUUUCUGCAGGCAUGGAUGUGCCUCAGGGCCAAAAGCGCACAGCACGGAGGCGUCGCUGUGUUCUUUGCAAAAUGAAGUCCCCCAUCACCUGCACCACAUGCUUGGUGACCCUCUGCUUUACAGCAGAAAGAGACUGCUAUGGCACCUGGCAUCAGCAGCACAAUAUUGUGUAGAGGACUGAGGGUCUUACAAAUAUUGAAAGUGUUAUUUUGUAAAUGUAUUUUUAUUUUUCAUUUUUUGGGGUGGUGUGUUAGAAUACCAUUUUGGUAUUCUGUAUAUAGUUAUUCCAUUCAAAAUGUAAAACUUCACCAAUUUGGCAACUUGGGUACAUUUGAGCUACUUGUGUGGGACACCUGGGUAACUUCAUGAUAGAUGUCAUGUAGCAGACUCAUUUUGGAAGUUAUCGUUCUGAAAAUUUGCACAAGUACUGCUGCCCUCUUAUGUUUUUCACUGAAAUUGUCCCCAUCAUCCUAUCUGAAUGUUUGUUUUGUCUUGUUGAUUUUAAAGAUGAUGAUACAAUUUAUAAUACAAUGUAUUAUCUAAACCAGAUCUAUUGUGUUAUAUUCUCCUACAUUCAAUUCACAUUUACACAAAUGUCAGAAUGUUUUCUUUCAAAUGAAAUCAAGAAUAUGCAGAUCCUUGGUUCUGAACCUGAGCUACAGGCAGUUAGAUUUGGGUAUGUCUUCAGGCGGAAAUUGAAAAAAGUAGGAGGGUAACUGUAAGAGGUUAACUUUAUUGACAACACCCAAAUGUAUACUGUCAUUAAUGUGGUUCUUCAAUAAUUACACAAUUGUUAAUACUGUAGCUGUUUAGUUACAGUCACAUGUUCAACUAUCAUCAGCUGAUCCAGGGAAUCAUUUUCUGAAUGACAAUGACAUGACAAACAUCACGACAUGCAACAACAGCCAAAGUGCUUCUUCAUUCAUUACUCUGGUAAAGACAGUUAUGUCGUGCUCCAUGUUGGAUCCAACAUCCCUAAUGUUAUUUUCCUAUAUUUAUUGUUAGGUGAAGUUAAGGGUCCUACAGUAGGUCUAUGUUAUUGUUAUGGGUCCUAGAGUACACUAUGUAUGUCAUGCAACAACAACCAAAGUGCUUCUUCAUUCAUUACAUAGGUAUAUUUGUUGUUAGGUGAAGUUAUGGGCCAAUUUGGCAAACUGUACAAACCCUCAUUGUCAGGCUGAUGGAAAAGCUAGCCAAAGAGUAUUUUACUGGUUGAAAUGUUUUUUAAGGUCAAAGGGAUUGAUUUGCGAUGAUGACACAAACAUUAUAUUAAGCAGGACAUUCAAACGAGCCUUACAAUUAUAAUCCAAAGCAGUGUGAAAUGCACUCAUAAGCAACCUGGAAAUGGAGGUUACUCCCCUAAGUUUUCUCCUAUUCAUAUUCAGAAUACAUUGUGAAAAACUUCAUCUUUGCUCACCAUUUAAGAUAUACUACAUCCAUAACUAGUGGUUUCCUCAUUUGCAGGGAGGUUUUUCCAAAACUAAAUUGCAUGUGCAUCACCAUUGUGCCGCAAUUUUAGCAAACACAGAAAGGGACCCAUAUUGGAGACCAAAAGUCGUCUGGCACACUGCUUAGAGUUUCAACAACAUGAAUAACUUAUUUCUAGCCUACAAUCAUCGAUGUUAGUACUAAUGUGAAAACAAGACAAAAUAUGACUCUUCUUGCUCAUUUUAAGACAAAUAUCAAAUAAUCAUUACAGACGUCAAUUGUUGUACAACAUCAUGGCUACGCUGUUGGCAUCACCUUUUACAGUGGAUUUCUGCUUGCUGGUGUGGGCCUUCAACCAUCUGUCUGACUUUGUCAUUCACACAGGAAAGAGACGUGACUAUUGUGGAUCCUCUGGAGAGCCUCAAGAACCUUAUGAUGCUUAUCAGGCAGAGAAGAGUCUCUCCACAUUAGAAUACCUCAAGAAACACCCACAGAGAUCCACAGGGAAGAGAACUCACCGCUGCUCUGACCGUGGGAAGAGGUUCACCUCACCAGCAGGCAUUAAAAAACAUCAGAGAAUCCACACAGUAGAGAAACCUUUUAGCUGAACUCAAUGUGGGAAGAGUUUUGAUACAUCUAGCCAUCUGAAGAUACACCAGAGAAUACACACAGGAGAGAAACCUUAUAGCUGUACUCAAUAUGGGAAGAGUUUUACUCAGCUAAGCAACCUAAUAUCACACCAGAGAACACACAUGGGAGAGAAACCAUAUUGCUAUGAUGAAUGUGGGAAGAGUUAUGUUACAUCUAGCUAUCUAACUGUACACCAGAGAACACACACAGGAGAGAAAUCCUAUACCUGUAAUCAAUGUGGGAAGAGUUUUACUCAGUCAAACAGCCUGGUACAACACCAGAUAACACACACGGGAAAGAAAUCUCGUAGCUGUGACGAGAGAUACUCUGAUAAAAGAUCUCUGAUCAAAUUUCAGAAAAUACAAACAUGAAGGAGUUGUUUCAUGAUAUCAAUUAAAUAAUGUCACAAUGUAGAAUGUUUUAACAUUGUAGUAGGAGUAUUUUAAGAAGGUUAAACGUUUGUCCGCUGUUCUAUUGAUUUCAUCAUGAUAUGGAUAUUAGCCUCAGGGGGAAAAUCCAGGCUCUGAAUUGAAAGUACUAUUUAUGUGAUGUAACAAAAAUUGACUCUCAAAAAAAAAGUUGUGUUACACUUACCACAUUAGUGACCCACUUGAAUCAAAAUGCAACACUUCAAAAUGUAUUAUACAUUGUAUUGACCUGCUCCCUUAUUAAUAAGUGAAUAAAGAUUUAGUUUAAGAAUAA